AUGACUUCCAAGGUUCUUCAUAUUCAGGGCAAAGGAAAAAUAUCAUCUAAUCAACGCGACACACAGCGUUCCAAAGACUCCUUCACCUUUGAAAUCAACGACGUUAGCAUUCCCGAGCUUAGCCCCACAGACGUGCUAGUCAAGCUGUCCGUGACUGGAGUAUGUGGAACCGACAUGGCGCUUGCAUCUGGCAAAGUGGGCCCCACACGGCAGAUCCUGGGCCACGAGGGAGUCGGGUACAUUGUGACCAAGGGCGAAGCUGUGUCAGCUAGCUCAGCCAAAAUCGGGGAUCGCGUUGCCAUUGCCUGGCUCCGCGACAUCUGCGGUAAAUGCGCGUUUUGCUUGCAGCCCGGCGGUGAGGCUCGCUGCACGGCACAGCUCAACUCGGGACGCAAGAUUGAUGGGACGUUUGCGGAAUACGCCGUCGUACCGGAGAGGUAUAUCAUAAAGAUUCCAGAGUCCAUGGCAGCAGUCGAGGAUCAAGUCAUCGCGCCCAUUGUAUGCGGCGGCGUCACGGCAUACAAGGCGCUCAAGAUCUGCGGUGCAGUCGCUGGGCAAUGGGUUGCAAUUUCUGGGGCAGGCGGCGGUGUCGGCAGUCUGGCUGUCCAGUACGCCAAAGCGAUGGGAUAUCGUGUGUUAGCCAUUGAUGCUGGGAGCGAAAAGGGCGGAUUCACUUUGUCAGCUGGUGCGGAAGAGUACGUCGACGUGCUUGCUACUACCAACCUUGCGGACCAAGUCAUGAGAAUCACACAGAACCGCGGUGCUAAAGCGGUGCUUGUGUGCGCUGGCGUCAGCGCUGCGUAUGAAAGUGCGCCUAGGCUGCUGGGACCGUCCGGUACAAUGGUCUGCGUGGGGAUCCUCCCUCCAGGUCAACAAGUCCCUUACGAGCCGCUGCUUAUGAUUGAUAAUGAUCUUAGAAUCAUUAGCUCUUCCGUGGGCACAAGAGAGGACAUGUACGAAGCGUUUGAGUUUGUUUCCCGUGGUUUGGUUCGCCCAGUGACGACACAGAAGCGGUUAGAAGAUUUGCCGGAGCUUGGUAGAACACUCGGUCAGACAAUUGGUAAACCUGUAAUUCGGUUCAAGCUUUAG